AUGAGUGCCAUGGAUCGCCCUCAAAAUUCGGUUCUACAGAAUGCCACGGAGGAAAAGGCCCAGACAGAGGCCAAGCUUCGUCCUGAACGGACGGCAACCUUUAAGGAUUACACGAGGGUUUUCACUUAUGCCACAAAAUGGGACUUCCUCGCGUACGCCGCUGGAGUGAUUGCUUCCAUCGGUGCCGGUGUCACCCUACCGUUGCUGAAUGUCGUUUUUGGCCAAUUUGUGGGCGAGUUCACCAGCUUAACGUCCAGUAUUAAGACUACCCAGAGGCUCGCGCUCUACAUGUUCUUUCUGUUCCUUGCCCGUUUUAUUCUCAACUCUAUUAAUAAAUUCGCCUUCCGCAUGAUCGGCAUCAGGCUGUCUUCAGCCAUCCGACUACACUACCUGCAACGCCUAUUCGGUCAGAGCAUUCAUGUUCUUGACUCUAUGCCCCCAGGUUAUGCUACCAGCACUAUCACUUCUACUGCCAAUGUUCUGCAGCUCGGAAUCUCUGAAAAACUGGGCAUUUUUGUCGAGUACAAUGCCACCAUCAUCGCGGCUCUCAUUGUUGCUUUCACUAAGAACUGGUCUCUCACCUUGGUAACAGCAUCGGUCGUCUUGUUCUUGUUACUUGUUCUUGGAGUAAUUCUUCCUUUCAUCUUGAAGGUCAACACACGGGUUACAAGGGCCGAGGGAAAAGCGGCCGCAGUUGCCAGUGAGGCACUUGCGAGUAUCAGGAUGGUAGCCGCGUGCGGUGCAGAGACACGCAUUGCAAAGAAAUACGCUGCAUUCGUUGAGGAAACAAGGAAACACGCCCAUGUCCUUUCCCCCCUUAUCGGAAUCCAAACUGGUUUGAUCUUUUUCGGACUGUACGCUAGUUUCGGCCUUGCCUUCUGGUACGGGGUUAAAUCUCUUGUCGAAGGUAGGGUGGGUAAUAUUGGUGACAUUCUUGUUGUACUUCUCUCCGUCAUGAUGAUUGUCAUCUCCCUCGAACGAACCUCGACUCCUCUUAUCGCUGUUGGAAAGGCAACUGUCGCCGCCUGCGAGUUCUUCAUUGUCAUCGAUGCUCCCCAGCCAAACAAAGGCAGCCUGAAGGAGCCCGAUGUUUCAUCCACAGAGGACAUCGUUUUCGAAAACGUCACGUUUGCAUACCCGAGCCGUCCGCAUGUGCGAGUCUUGGACAAUUUGGAUCUGCGGAUUGAGGCUGGCAAGAUCAAUGCCGUGGUUGGUCCAUCUGGCUCUGGAAAAAGUACUAUUGUUGGUCUCAUCCAGAGAUGGUAUUCCCUACAGGAGCAACAUGUCCUGGCCAAGGCUAUUGAGAAGGAGAAGGAGAACGGAAAGAAGAAGAAGAAGGAUGAUGAGGAAGACGAAGACGGCGCCCCUGAACCCGAACCCGAGGAGACAGGACCCGCGAUCGAACUUCGUGGUCGGGUUUCCACGUCAGGACACCUCUUGGAUGAGAUUGAUCUGAAAUGGUGGAGAUCCCAGAUUGGACUCGUUCAACAGGAGCCGUUCCUCUUCAACGACACGAUUUACAAGAACGUUGCUUAUGGGCUGAUUGGCACCCAAUGGGCGGACGAACCUGAAGACAAGAAACGGGAGUUGGUAAAGGAGGCGUGCAGAGAAGCCUUUGCGGAUGAGUUCAUCGAUAGGCUACCUGAUGGCUACGACACUGUGGUUGGCGACAGUGGCGCCAAGAUGUCUGGUGGUCAACGACAACGGUUGGCCAUUGCCAGAUCGAUUGUGAGGAAACCGAAGAUCCUAAUCCUUGACGAGGCUACCAGUGCUAUCGAUGUUCGCGGCGAACGAAUUGUACAGGCUGCUCUCGACAAGGUUGCCCAGAAUCGAACCACGAUCACGAUUGCCCAUCGACUCUCCACUAUCAAGAAGGCGGACCGUAUUAUUGUCCUGAAGAAGGGUAGAGUCGUUGAGUCUGGAACACAUGAUAGCCUCAUCGCGAUCGAUGGCGGCGUUUAUUCUGGCCUUGUUCACGCUCAAUCGCUGUCGCUCGGGGAGCCUACUGAUGCAGCCGAGGAGGUUGUGGACUACGCCGACAAGGCUGAAUUGGCUCGUAUCAAGAGCAUCGCUGCCUCCGAGGGCGAAGCCGACAAAGAAACACCAAUCGAGAAGACUCGAGGCAUCUUGAAGAGUUUUGGGCGGUUGUUCUUCGAGUCCAAGAACGUGUGGCCAUUCUUUGCCAUCACAGUCGUGACUGCGGCUUGUGUAGGAGCUGCAAUCCCUCUUCAGGCGUGGCUUUUUGGACAGAUUAUUUCCCUCACUGGAGAACUCGACAUCCUUCUCAAGAUGAGAGACGAAAGCGGAGGUACGAACGCGCAACUCAACUCGCAAGUGGAAGACAAACACUCGGAUGGUAACUUCUGGUCCUUGAUGUGGGUUGUCCUGGCUUGCGGAGUUGGAGUCGCGUACUUUGCCGUCAUUUACGUUGCGACUCACAUGUCCACCAUCAUCCGCGCCAAGUACCAGCAGCAAUAUUUUGACGCUGUCAUGUUCCAGAAGACGUCCUUCUUUGACCACGAAGAUCAUUCGCACGGCACCAUGACAUCUCGGAUCGGGCAGGAUCCGAAGCAGCUCGAAGAACUCAUGGGGAUGAACAUGGCAAGCGUCUACGUUGCUAUCUUCAACGUGGUAGGAUCCAUCGCCAUCGCAUUUGCUUUUUCGUGGAGGCUGGCCCUUGUGGCCUGCUGCGUCGUGUUGCCCGUCAUGCUCGCAUCGACGUACUGGCGUUUCAAGUACGAGAUGCACUUUGAGAAGAUGAACAAUGAGGUCUUUGCUGAGAGCUCCAAGUUUGCGUCAGAAUCUAUCGGUGCUUUCAGGACCGUUACUGCCUUGACAUUAGAGGACUCUAUCUGUACGAGAUACGAGACUCUGCUCAAUGAGCACGUCGUAUCAGCCUACAAGAAGGCCCGAUGGGUGAGUAUCAUCUUUGGAUUCUCUGACAGUGCAAUGGCUGUGAUGCAGGGGGCAGAGGCAUCGGGUCAAGCUCUCGGUUUCGGACCCAAUGCUGCACAGGUGACGGCGGCAGCGAAUCGCAUCCUCAACAUGAGAGAAACGAGGCUUCAGGACAAGGUGUCGACCUCACAAGAGAUCCCAGAUACGGAGGGUGGAAUGUCGAUUGAGCUGGACAACAUCUACUUCAAGUAUCCAUCCCGAAGCACGCCCGUGUUCAAGGGUCUCAAUCUCACCAUCCAGAAAGGCCAGUUUGCUGCCCUAGUGGGCGCAUCUGGAUGUGGAAAGACGUCGAUCGUGUCUCUUCUUGAGAGGUUCUACGACCUGGACAAGGGCCGCAUUCUUCUUAACGGCAAAGAUGCUACAGACAUCAAUGUGUAUGAGUACCGAAAGUACUUUUCCCUUGUUGCGCAAGAGGCCACUCUCUUCCAGGGUACCCUUCGCGAGAAUAUCUUGCUAGGAGUCGACCCUUCGUCCAUCACAGACGAGCAACUCCACAAGGUCUGUCGCGAUGCCUCGAUUCACGACUUUAUCGUUUCACUACCCGAGGGCUAUAACACCAAUAUUGGAUCCCGUGGAGUAUCUCUCUCCGGAGGACAGAAGCAGCGAGUGGCCAUUGCGCGUGCCCUUAUCCGCGACCCCAAGGUUCUCCUGCUCGACGAGGCCACCAGUUCCCUCGACUCGGAGAGUGAGAAGCUUGUGCAGGCGGCGUUCGAAAGGGCUAGUGAGGGUCGCACGAUGCUCGUGGUGGCUCACAGAUUGGCCACGGUGCAAAAUGCGGAUGUCAUCUUUGUGUUGGGCGAUGGACAGCUACUGGAGCAAGGAAGCCAUGCUGAGUUGUUGAAGCAACGGGGGGUUUAUUGGCACAUGUGUCAAAGCCAGGCUCUGGAUAGAUAA